CCCGGGACCUUGGCAGAGGUGAGGUGGGAGGAGUGAGGAGUCAGGAGGGAGGAGGCAGGAGGAACCUGAGCCCAUCAGUGCAGGUGGCAGAACUGCAGUGGGAGGAGGCUGCGCACCGUUCCGCAAUGGCCUCCCUUGCUGCAGCAAAUGCAGAGUUUUGCAUCAACCUGUUCGGAGAGAUGGAUAACAGUCAAGGGAAUGGAAAUGUGUUCUUUUCUUCUCUGAGCAUCUUCACUGCCCUGGCCCUGGUCCGUUUGGGUGCACGAGGUGACUGUGCUUCUCAGAUUGAUAAGAUACUUCACUUCCACAGGGUCUCAGGAUGGGGAAACUCUUCUAACACUCAGCCAGGACUUCAGUCUCAACUGAAGAAAGUUCUCUCCGACAUAAACACAUCCCAUAGGGACUAUGAGCUCAGCAUUGCCAAUGGUCUUUUUGCAGAAAAAGUGUUUGACUUUCACAAGAACUAUAUUGAGUGUGCUGAAAAAUUAUACAAUGCCAAAGUGGAACGAGUUGACUUUACAAAUGAUGUAGAAGAUACCAGAUAUAAAAUUAAUAAAUGGAUUGAAAAUGAGACACAUGGCAAAAUCAAGAACAUCUUUCAAGAAGGUAGCAUAAGUUCUUCCGCUGUCAUGGUGCUGGUGAACGCUGUGUACUUCAAGGGCAAGUGGGAGUCGGCCUUCUCCAAGAACGAAACCCUAAAUUGCCGUUUCAGAUCUCCCAAGUGUCCUGGGAAAGCAAUCACCAUGAUGCACCAAGAACGGAAGUUCAAUUUGUCUGUCAUUAGGGACCCGCCCAUGCAGGUUGUUGAGCUCAAGUAUCAUGGCGGCAUAAGCAUGUACAUAAUGCUGCCCGAGAAUGACCUGUCCCAAAUUGAAAACAAGCUGACCUUUCGGAAUCUAAUGCAGUGGACCGAUCCGAGAAAAAUGAGCUCUCAGCAUGUCGAGGUGUUUCUCCCUCGGUUCAAGAUAGAGAAGAAUUAUGAAAUCAAGCAUCAUUUAAGAGCCCUGGGGCUGAAGGACAUCUUUGAUGAAUCCAGAGCUGAUCUCUCCGGUGUAGCUGCUGGAGGUCGUCUGUAUGUGUCCAAAAUGAUGCACAAGUCAUACAUAGAGGUUGCUGAGGAGGGCACAGAGGCGGCCGCCGCCACAGGGAAUAACAUAGUAGAAAAGCAGCUCCCUGAGUCCAGGGUGUUCAGAGCUGAUCACCCGUUCCUCUUUGUCAUCAGGAAGGAUGACAUCAUCUUGUUUAGCGGCAAAGUCUCUUGCCCUUGAAAAUCCAGUUGGUUUCUAUGACAGUAGUUCCCUGCAACAUCAAGGAACCACCACAAGGGAAUAGAUUUGAGUGUGACGGAAGCACGUGGUGUUUCCCUUGCAUUUGCUUCCUUCUAAUAUUGGUCAGGCAGAUGAUUUGGGUGUCUUGACCCUUCGCAGACACCUGGUGGCUUGUCCUGAUCCCGCUUUAGCCUUUCUACUACCGUGUGCCUCGCCCAUUUCUAAGUUCACUCUCUUUUUACCCCCACUCAUUCCCGCCAUUCUCCCCUGGAGCCCCUUGCACCCAGAGCUGGGCCCCGUCUGGGAAUUGUGGAGUUGCUCUGCUGGCAGUGACGAUGCAGAAGCGGCCCUCGGAUCUUGUCUGAAACUCUGUAGUUAUCCCAGCUACUGGAUAUGGAUAUCCCAGCUACUCCGGUUUCAUGGUUAACGAGCUCGGAAGGAAGCCCGGCUACUGAACCUGGGUGUGAGGGAUAACCUUUCCUUGCCGACCUAAGAAGACAGUAGAGCUUACUUUCACACAUCCGAUUUGAAAUUAGUGUCUAAUUUAGAUGCUAAAAACUAUAGAUUUGGGAUUAGGGGACAACGAAAAUAUUUCGUCAAUAACUUCAAGUUGAUGUCUUUCGGUCUUUCCUUGAUACAGACUUUUUUUCCUUGAUAGAGACUUAAUGUGUACAUAGUUUUUCAAAUAUUAAAUAUCUUUUCACUACUGCCAUUUGUUAUUUACAGUAGAUAUCUCAUGUGCUGUGUAGUUUACAAGUUUUUCCUCUUAUUUAUCAGAAUAAAUAAAUACAACAGA